ACGUUUAAACACCCACGCUCUCACUGUCAGCAGUCAAACGCCAUCCGAUAGAUUUCACGCUCCGUUCGCAGUCGUACCCAAAAACUCGAAGAUCUCGUAGACACUGUCUGUGUUUUAGCCAUGGCUCCAGCAUCACUGGUUGCUAACGGCGGUGCCGCCGCCGCCGUCGAGGCAGUUCCAGUCACCGGCCGAUUCGCCUCCGUCUACAGCGAGGUCCAGGCCAGUCGUAUCGACCAUGAGCUUCCUCUCCCUUCCGUGCUCAAAAAGCCCUUCAAGGUCGUGGAAGGUCCCGCCAGCUCUGCCGCCGGCAAUCCAGAGGAGAUCGCGAAGUUGUUUCCUAAUGUUUUCGGUCAGCCAUCUGCACUGCUGGCGCCAAGUGAUUCCGUUUCGGGUCUACCAGAGCAGAAGUUGAAGAUUGGUGUCGUUUUAUCUGGAGGCCAAGCGCCCGGAGGGCACAACGUGAUCUCCGGAAUUUUCGAUUACUUGCAAGACCGCGCCAAAGGAAGCACAAUGUAUGGCUUUAGGGGCGGGCCUGCUGGGAUCAUGAAAAACAAAUACAUCGAACUUACCCCGGAGUAUAUUUAUCCAUACAGAAAUCAGGGUGGUUUCGAUAUGAUUCGCAGUGGAAGGGACAAGAUUGAAACUCCAGAACAGUUUAAACAAGCACAAGAAACAGCUGUGAAGCUUGAUUUGGAUGGGCUUGUUGUUAUCGGUGGAGAUGACUCAAACACAAACGCCUGCCUCCUUGCUGAAAACUUCAGGGGGAAGAACUUGAAAACUCGUGUGAUAGGUUGCCCCAAAACCAUUGACGGUGACUUGAAAUGCAAAGAGGUCCCCAUAAGUUUUGGAUUUGACACCGCUUGCAAGAUAUAUGCAGAAAUGAUUGGCAAUGUCAUGACAGAUGCCCGGUCAACCGGAAAAUAUUAUCAUUUUGUACGACUUAUGGGACGUGCAGCUUCACACAUUACAUUAGAAUGUGCUUUGCAAACUCAUCCAAACAUUACAAUUAUUGGAGAAGAGGUUGCUGCAAAGAAGCUGACGCUGAAAAAUGUCACUGACCACAUCGUGAAUGUAAUCUUGAAGCGUGCUGACCUUGGUUAUAACUAUGGUGUCAUACUUAUCCCUGAAGGUCUAAUUGAUUUCAUUCCUGAGGUGCAGCAACUUAUUGCUGAAUUGAAUGAAAUUCUGGCCCGUGAGGUUGUAGAUGAAGAUGGGCUGUGGAAAAAGAAACUUACAAGCCAGUCUCUAGAGCUUUUUGAUUUCCUACCUGAAGCAAUCCAAGAGCAGUUGAUGCUUGAAAGAGAUCCUCAUGGAAAUGUUCAGGUUGCCAAAAUAGAAACAGAGAAGAUGCUUAUUCAAAUGGUUGAGACAGACUUGCAGAAGAGGAGGCAGGAAGGUUCAUAUAAUGGCCAGUUCCAAGGACAGUCUCACUUUUUCGGGUAUGAAGGAAGAUGUGGUUUACCAACCAACUUUGAUUCUACCUACUGCUAUGCAUUGGGUUAUGCCGCUGGAGCUCUCCUUCACAGUGGAAAAACUGGGUUGAUAUCAUCGGUUGGGAAUUUGGAUGCUCCUGUGGAAGAAUGGACAGUUGGUGGAACGGCAUUGACUUCAUUAAUGGACGUGGAAAGGAGACAUGGCAAGUUCAAGCCUGUCAUCAAGAAGGCAAUGGUGGAACUUGAAGGUGCACCAUUCAAGAAAUUUGCAUCCCUGAGGAACGACUGGGCUAUCAACAACCGUUACAUCAGUCCUGGUCCCAUUCAAUUUCACGGCCAAGCAUCCAACGCUCUCAGCCACACGCUACUCUUGGAACUCGGAGUUUCUGUUCAAGCAUAGAGUUUCAUUUACCCCUUGCUUGUGAAAUAUCAUAUAACGUUGGGAAAGCAGUUCAAGAUUUCGUUCAGCAUCCUUGUCUUCUCUUGCGUUUGAGUAGAAUAGUGACUUUUUGUACAAGGACGAUAAUGUAGAAGAAAAUUCUGCAUCGAAGUGCAAGACAUUUGGGUAUUUGUCAACCCACGGUAUCCACCCCAUGUUUUUGCCUUGAAGAAAAUUCCGCUGCUACAUUUCUCUGCACCGAAGUGUGGCCAAAGGAUAUGUCGUUGAAGUACAAGUACACACUUGUCUAAUUUUGUUCGUUGUUUUUGCUGGAUUUAAUUACUCAAUUUGACGGUUAGAAAUAAACAGGGGGUCUAAGAAAGUACUUCCCUUCAUUA